AUGGCCGCGUCCACAAGAGCAGAAACGGACGCUUUCGGCGAGGUACAGGUCGAGAGCGACAAGUACUGGGGCGCGCAGACGCAGCGGUCGCUGGGCAAUUUCAAGAUCAACCAGCCGCAGGACCGCAUGCCGCCGCCUAUUGUGCGGGCGUUUGGGAUCCUGAAGGGCGCGGCGGCGACGGUGAAUAUGAAGUUUGGAUUAGAUCCGAAGCUGGGCAAGGCGAUACAGCAGGCUGCGUCCGAGGUUGCAUCGCUGAAGCUGGCAGACCACUUCCCGCUGGUGGUAUGGCAAACGGGUUCGGGCACGCAGUCGAAUAUGAAUGCGAAUGAGGUUAUCUCGAAUCGUGCGAUUGAGAUCUUGGGCGGGACGAUGGGCAGCAAGAAGCCGGUACACCCGAAUGACCAUGUCAACAUGUCUGCGAGCUCGAACGACACUUUUCCGACGGUCAUGCAUAUUGCUGCUGUGCUUGAGUUUGAAGAGGAGCUCAUUCCCAGUCUCAAGGCGCUGAGGCAUGCUCUGAAUGCUAAAGCAGAGGAGUUCGACAAGAUCAUAAAGAUCGGCCGCACACAUCUCCAGGAUGCCACACCUCUCACGCUCGGCCAGGAGUUCUCAGGCUAUGUCACCCAGCUCGACUUCGGCCUCAAACGCCUCGAAUCCGCCCUCCCUCACCUCCGUAUGCUCGCCCAAGGCGGCACAGCCGUCGGCACCGGCCUCAACACGUUCAAAGGCUUCGCCGAAGACAUCGCCUCGGAAGUCACCAAGAUGACCGGCCACGACUUCAUCACGGCGCCGAACAAAUUCGAAGCCCUCGCCGCCCACGACGCCAUCGUCGAAGCGCACGGCCAGCUCAACACCCUCGCCACCUCCCUCUUCAAAAUCGCACAGGACAUCCGCUUCCUCGGAUCCGGCCCGCGCUGCGGACUCGGCGAGCUCAAACUCCCCGAGAACGAGCCCGGCAGCUCCAUCAUGCCCGGCAAAGUCAACCCGACCCAAUGCGAGAGCCUGACCAUGCUCUGCUGCCAGGUCUUCGGCAACCAAGCCGCCGUCACCUUCGCGGGAAGCCAAGGGAACUUCGAACUCAACGUCUUCAAACCCGUCAUGAUCCGCAACCUCCUGCACAGCGCGCGCCUGCUGACGGACGGCAUGCACUCGUUCCGCGAGCACUUGGUGGAAGGCAUGGAGGCGGAUGAGAAGAGGAUUAACGCGCUGCUGCAUGAGAGUUUGAUGUUGGUGACGUGUUUGAAUCCGGUGAUUGGGUAUGAUAUGGCGAGUAAAGUGGCGAAGAAUGCGCAUAAGAAGGGGCUGACGCUGAAGGAGAGUGCGAUGGAGUUGGAGGCGUUGAGUGAGGAGAAGUUUGAUGAGAUUGUUCGGCCGGAGUUGAUGAUUGCUCCCGGGGAGAGGAAGUAG